UUAUUACAAUUCGAAUUUCGGAGAAUUUUACAUCUCUACUAGAAAAAUUUCUUUAAAAAAAUCUUUAUAUAUUGUAACGUUUUAUAAAUUUUAAUAAAGUUACAAGUUUGGUUACAUUAAACAGCGAGUGUUCAGAGGUUUUACAUUAAAGUAACAGAAGAUAACUAUCAAUAUGAGUAGAUCCACUUCUGUCAGUGCUCAGUAUGUGCCUCUUUUAGACGGCGAUAAAAAGUCGCCUCGUUUCCUGUUAAAUUGGGUCUAUGAUGAACUCGGUAUUCAGCUGGAGGAUCUCAGCGAGAUGAAGACCGGCACCAUCUACUGUCAAUUGGUGCACAAACUCUUUCCCCAAGUGAUGGAUCUAAAGAAGGUGAUCUUCAAUUGCACUCUGCCCGUUGAGAUCGAUAGAAAUUUUUGCCUAUUGCAUCUUGCAUUUGCCAAGCUACGCACCUUUCGGGAUGCAGCGCAGCAGGAGUGCAUUAAAAGGUUGACCAACAACAAGUUUAUGCUCUGGUUUCAUAAAUUUUACAUGCUCAACAAAAAGAACGCGGAAGAACGAAUCAGUAGAAAGUCGUAUCUUUUAUCAAACACGCAAGUGAAACGCAGCAACAGCAUCGUGAUCCCUUCCAAGCCAGCAGAUCAGCAGGGAUCACACAAAGUACGUGUGGUGCCGCGUUCACAGAGUCUGGUCAAUAGGCCGGAGAUGCGCAGACGUAAUGCACCUGCAGCAUCUUCAUUGGCUGCUGAGCCUUGCAUGAUGGAUUUCGUCUCGAGGAUUCCAAUGCCCCGUUUGACCAAUUGGCAAAAAGUCGAGACUGACUCCAUGGGAAACAUCUAUCAGGUGUUGGACGGCACGCUGCAGAGCUCCUUCUCGACACUCGCCUCGUCCAUGCCGAAGUUGGAUGUCAAUCCUGGGCCUCCGGAAUUCGACACAUCAUUGAAUGAGGCAUCAAAAGAGAUCAAAUCGAUCUUUUUCAAUAAAUUGCUGACAGCAGAGAAAUCCAUUUCACAGAAAGAGUCUGCAUAUAAUGAUGCUCCAAAGCAGGAAGAGUUGUCAAAUCAAAAUCAUUCUAAGCAGGAAUCUUUAAGCAAUAGUGCUUUAAAGCUGGAAGUAUGCUCAAACAAUGAUGCUUCUAAGCAGGAGUGUUUAAAUAAUAAUGCUCCAAAACAUGAAGAGGUUUCAAAUAAUGAUGGUCCAAAGCGGGAGUCUCCAAACAGUAAUAAUUCUAAGCAGGAAUCUUUAAUCAAUGAUGCUCCAAAACAAGCCUCCUUGAACAAUGAUCUUUUAAAGCAGGAGACUUCAAACAAUGAGGAUCCAAAGCGAAAGUCUUCAAAGCACGAGGAGUCUUCAAAGAUUGAUGCUUUAAAACACGAGGAGUCUUCCAACAAAGAUGCUCCAAAGCAAGUGUCCUUAAACAAUGAUGCUUCAAAGCAGGAGUCCUCAAGCAAUGAUGCUUUAAAUCAGGAAGAAGCUUCAAAUAAUAGCGUUUUAAAGCAGGAGCCUUCAGAAAAAGCUGCUCGAAAGCAGAAGACUUCAGAUAAAGUGUCACCAACGACAGAAGUCGCUGCGAUGGUCGAUCCCAGGAUCAGCAGAGACCACCUGGACAACAUUGUCAAAAUGCUGCGCUCCUCUGCUGCUGAUGAUGAUGGCCACGAUGAGGCCAUUUUUGAGCUGAAUAAACGGAAUAAUAAACUUGAGGAGAUUGUCAAUAAGAUAAAGGGCUACGUUGCCGACACAUCGCUAAAUUCCAAUAAGAUAGUGUAUAAGACCCGCAAGACUUUGUACUUGUAUUAUAAGAGCAGGCCUGAGCUGGAUCACGAAUUUUAAGCGCCGCAGCAAUUCUUCGUUUAUUAAAGUUCUUCUUCUUA